GCUCCCCCUUCGGCGCGUCUUCCUUCCCCGUCUGUCUCGGCGAUGCUGCUCCGGGCGCGGCUCCUCCGGGCGCUGCUGGCGGCGCUGGCCGUGCAGGCGGCGGCGGGAGGCAAGUACUCGCGGGAGGCCAACGAGGAGAAGGCGGCGGCGGCGGCGGAAUUCCGCGUGGUCAAGCUGAGCCAGGUGUGGGCGAAGGCGCAGCGGCUCCACCUCUCUGCUGUUAAAUUGGCAGAGCUACACAGCGAUCUAAAAAUUCAGGAGAAGGAUGAGCUGAGCUGGAAGAAACUGAAGGCCGAAGGGCUGGAUGAAGAUGGAGAAAAGGAGGCCAAGCUCAGGCGCAAUCUAAAUGUGAUUCUGGCCAAGUAUGGAAUGGAUGGGAAGAAAGACACGCUGCUGGGAGUCACAAACUACGUCAAAGACAGCCUGGAGAACGAUGUGCUUGAUGAUCCCCGGCUGGAGAAGCUCUGGAACAAGGCCAAAACUUCAGGGAAGUUCACCGACGAAGAGCUGGACAAGCUGUGGAGGGAGUUCAGGCACCACAAAGAGAAGGUCCGAGACUACAACCUCCUGCUGGAGACCGUCAGUCGGACGGAAGACAUCCACAAGAACAUGAUUGCCGGCCUGGAAGAGGAGGAGGUUCCCCGCAAGCACGACCUGCUGCACCAGAAGCACUCUGAGCUCAAGGAGAAGCUGCACAGCAUCAACCAGGGCUUUGAGCGGCUGCGCAGGGUCACCCACCAGGGCUAUGACGACUCCAGCGAAUUUGAGGAGCCCCGAGUGAUUGACUUGUGGGAUCUGGCUAAAUCCACCAAUUUCACCGAGAAAGAGCUUGAGUCGCUUCGGGAAGAGCUCAAACACUUUGAAGCGAAGGUGGAGAAGCACCACCAUUACCAGAAGCAGCUGGAGAUUUCGCACCAGAAGAUGAGGCACAUCGAAGGGAUGGGAGACGAGGAGCAUCUCAGCCGCAACAAGGAGAAGACGGCCAUGCUGGAGGAGAAGACCAAGGAGCUGGGCUACAAGGUCAAGAAACACCUUCAGGACUUGUCCACCAGAAUUUCCAGAGGCCUUCAGCACAAUGAACUUUGAAACCUCCUUGUCCUCAUAGGAUCCUUGUACAUUGAUCAAAAUCAGUAUAUCCCGAGGUUUAUAUAAUUACCUAAAAUCCCGAUGCAAAUUGUCUUUGGUACAGCCGCCUCCUCCUCCUCCUCGUUUCUCUCCUAAUCAUUCCGAUAACUCUGGGCCCGCAGGCCUCAAAGCAGAGCAGAAGGCUUUGAAGUGAGAGAGAGGGGGGGGUGGAAGGAAAGGGAAGGUUCACUUGACUGCUAGGAAGCGUCUUGGCAGGUGGGGAGAUUGCUAAAGAUUUUCAUGCACGGUGUUAAUUUCUCCUCCUGAAUAAAGGAGCCUAGAGGAACUGGGAUAAGGUGUGCCUUUGCUGUGGCACCUGCAAGGACCAAGCUGUUGUGUGUGUGCAAAGUGUGCGGUGCAAAAGGACCCCGGAGCGAACGGCCAAAUAGGCAAAAUCUCUUCUCCCCCCCCCUUCCUCAUCCUCCUCUUUCCUAUAGCCAGCAGAGGAGGAGAGGGGGCCUGUUGCUGCUGAGUCCUCCACCUGCGAUUCUCCCCAAGUUGUCUUCUUCUCCCCCCCAGCCUCUGCCCCUCCUCACCUGCCGAGAGCGUUGGGCAGACCUUUCUCUCUGAGUGUGGGGCUGGCUGGCUCCUGGGGAAACCGCGGCUGCCUGUGGGGUGUUUUCCCUUGAGAGCAUGUUGGGACCUGGGGGGAGUUCCUUGCUUAAGGACCCUGAUGAGGGAGAAGAGAGGCUGCCAGGGAGGGGGGGAGGAUUUGUAGGAAGGAAAGCGUUGCACUGCGAGAAAUUACACUGAGUGGUUUGGGCACUGUUCUUUCAUUCCGUGUUUCUGUUACGUUUUGGGAAAUAAAUGGUCCAACGAA